GCGUUCAGGCUGCAGAACAACAGUCACACAAGCAGAGAGACGGACGCGACGCGACACAGCGAGCCGGCUUUUGCUCUUCUUUUAUUUCUGUGAGUGCUAUCAAACUCAUAACACACAAAUACGAUUCGCGAAGCUUUUAUUUGAAGUAUUCUAGAGUCAUUCACUAAUGUAACGGACAGUUUGAGUAUCACUUUAGCUUUCAAGUAAUAACAGUCUGUUGUUAUUCAAGUGACCGCUUGUAUUAACCUGCUCUAAUAUUGUUUAAUUUAUAAUAUGUAUGUCUAGUGGCAUGAUUAAACAUUGCAUCAACAUUGCAUUUAUUAUGUAUUUUAACUAAGUCAUAUAGGCGUAGGUAGUGGUAGUUGGCAGGACUGUUGAUAUGGUGUGUUCCUGUAGCUGAAUCCUGUCAAAGAUGGUUCGAGAAACCGGUUACUACGAUCUGCUCGGCGUGAGUCCCAAAGCCUCGCUGGACGAGAUCAAGAAGGCAUAUCGGAAACUGGCCUUGAAAUAUCACCCGGAUAAAAACCCGAAUGAAGGCGAGAAAUUCAAACUCAUAUCACAAGCCUACGAGGUCCUGUCAGAUGCCAAAAAGCGGGAUUUGUAUGACCAAGGUGGAGAACAAGCCAUAAAGGAAGGAGGCAUGGCAGGAGGAGAAUCUCCCAUGGACAUUUUCAACCUGUUCUUUGGUGGCGGAGGCAGAAUGCAGAGAGAAAGGAGAGGUAAGAAUGUGGUUCACCAGCUUGGAGUCACACUGGAGGAAUUGUACAAUGGCUCAACAAGAAAACUCGGUCUUCAGAAGAAUGUGAUCUGUGAGAAAUGCGAUGGUUAUGGAGGCAAAAAAGGCACAAUUGAAAAAUGCUCAACAUGCAAAGGAAGAGGGGUUCAGGUCCAGGUGCAACAGAUUGGACCGGGAAUGAUCCAGCAGAUUCAAAGCAUGUGCUCUGACUGCCAAGGACAGGGAGAGAGGUUCAACUCCAAGGACCGUUGCAAGAACUGCAAUGGACACAAAGUAGAACGCAAGAAGAAGAUUCUUGAAGUCCAUAUUGACAAAGGUAUGAAGGACGGCCAGAAGAUCACAUUCCAUGGAGAAGGAGAUCAAGAGCCUGGACUGGAGCCUGGUGAUGUUCUAAUCGUACUGGACUUGAAAGAACACCCCGUCUUCCAAAGAAAAAAUGACAACCUGAUCAUGAAGAUGAAGAUCAAGCUGGUGGAAGCGCUCUGUGGGUUUAAAAAAACAAUUUGUACGCUAGAUAACCGAUUGUUGCUUAUCCACUCACCUCCAGGCAAAGUAAUAAAACCUAAAGAUCUAAAAUGUAUUCAUAAUGAGGGAAUGCCUGUGUAUAGAGACCCUUAUGAGAAAGGUCUUCUCAUCAUACAGUUUGAGAUUGAGUUCCCAGAUAAACACUGGCUACCUGAGCACAUGCUGCCUGACCUGGAGAGGUUACUUCCAGUCAGAGAUCACGUCAUGAUGUCAGAUGAUAUGGAAGAGGUUGACCUGUGUGAAGGAGACAAUGAAAGACAAAAGAGAAACUUCAGUGGUGAAGCCUACGAUGAAGACGAAGGCCCCAGGCAUGGUGGCGUCCAGUGCCAGACUCAGUAAAUAUCAUGUAUAAGAAACAUUGGUGCAAUACUUGUGUGACUGCAAAUAUACACUGAAUAUUAGGCCGGUUAAAUUUAGUUCUUGCCGAGCAAUACGUACAGCAAGAAUUUCCUUACCAAGCCUUAUGAAACGGACCAUUUUCUUGCCACCGUUGGAAUUCUUCUUUCUGAAGUAUCUGAUGAGGAGCCAGGAGUUUUUUUGGCAAUUACCACCAUAAAUUAAUAUUAACAGAUAUUUAAUUAAAGCAACUAUUUUGGAUAAAAAUGUCAUUCAUUUACAAAUGAAAUUUAGUAACUUAAAUUUGCAUGUAAAUUAUUCCCUAUGUUUGAAUGUGUUCACUUUUGUAUGUUAAUCUGUCGAUGUGCUUUGGUCAAGAGUAGGGUGCUGUAAUUUUUUUGCCAGUUGAAAAUCUAUAUUUGUUCAUUUUCUAAGAAUGUGACACACCAUACAUUUAACAUGUUGUUUCCUUCCUUCAAAUGGGUUUUAUUUUUCACAAAUAAAACAUUUCAUUACAAUCCCUCCUUCACAUAACUGCAACUGAAUGAAAGCAAUUAA